AUUUAGUUGGUGAGUCAGAUGAUUCAUUCUGUUUCUGUAUUUAUAUACCAUUUGAUGCAUUGUAACAAAGAAAAUCAGUUACAAUGUCUAAAGAGAAAUCAUAUAUAAUUGCUCUUCUUCUAUCUUUGCUUCUAUGUCUUUCUUCUCAAGUUGGUGUCUCUGAGGCCAACUACAACGCAGUUACUACAAGGUACUCGGAUUCUCGAUGCGCCAAUGAAUCUUCUGCAAGUCCACCACCACCAAGACACUACCCACGGGGGCGUCCCCGUCCUGUACCGGUUAGAUCUGCGGUGCACUCUAACUCAACCAAAGGAAAAGGCCCAUAAUUAUUAUAUGUCUCAACUCUCAAGAAUGAAGAAACAAUAUAUCUAUCUGUAUCACGGGGGAUGCACAAGGAGAGGCAACUUUAUUGCUGUGUGCAAUUAUUAAAAAUAUUACAUGGACAUGCCUAUACAUAAAUUUACCGUGGAUUUAAACGUGAAAUUAAAUAAUUUUGUUUUAAAAUAUUAUAUUAAAAGGUAAUAGAUAGUUUGAACAUUCCUAAGGGUCAAAAAAUAUGUGUUCCAACACUAAUACAUCCGUUUGGUUACCACUA